AUGAAGGCUUACCAAUUUUCAACUCCGGCGAAAGGCCUGGAAUACCGUGAGCUACCCAUUCCGGUCCCGGUCAAGGAUCAGCUCCUUGUCCAGAUCAAGGCGACUGGGCUUUGCCAUACCGAUUGCAACAUCAUUUCGGGACUCGACAAUACGUUCUUUUGGAACAGGCCCAUCACUCUGGGCCACGAAAUUGCCGGUAUAGUGGUGGGUUGUGGACCCGAGGUCUCCAAGUUUGCAGCUGGAGACCAAGUUGUGUCCGUGAUCACCGCGAAACACCCGGUAGAGAUCGGUGAUGUUGUCAAAAGCCCCGGUAUCGGCAUAGACGGCGGGUUCGCCGAGUACGUAUUGCUCUACGAAUCGAAGACUCUUCCCAUACCCGACGGAGUCAGCUUUGCGCAAGCCGCCGUUGCCACAGAUGCCAUUGCGACAGCGUAUCACGCUGUUGCAACUGAGGGGCAGGUUCAAAAGUCAUCGAAAGUUGCCAUCAUUGGACUAGGUGGCCUUGGAUUAUCCGCUGUUCAAAUUGCAUCUCACCGUGGCGCCAAGGUCUAUGGGGUCGAUCUGCAUCGUCGCAAGUAUCCUGCAGCAAUGAUGUCUGGGGCCUACUGCUGUGGAAGAUCCCUGGACGACUUCCCUGGCGUCAAGUUUGAUGUUAUUUUUGACUUUGCUGGAGUCGGUAUCACCACUGCUGCCGCCGCCAAAGCCGUACAAGCGGGUGGGAAAGUUGUUCUCGUCGGACUUACCAAGAAGGAGGCCACGAUCGACACGCAUAAUCUCGUCGCCUUGGGUGUGCGCCUUGUGGGAUCUGUUGGGUCGUCCAUGGAUGAAGUUGAGAUAGCGCUGAAGAUGGUUGCAAAGAAGGAAAUUACUCCUGCUAUCGAAGAGGUUGCUUUUGGAAACUUGAAGAGUGAGUUACACCGACUAGAGCGAGGUGAUACCGUCGGGCGUCUGUAUGCCGACCCGUCCAAACCAGCUGAGAUGGUGGUAAGAGCUUAG